GGCCUUUCUGCGGCUCUCGGACUGAAUCAGUUCUGCACGACAGUUUGAAAACAGAACAGCACAUCGGUGAGAAGGACAACGACCAGGGAUAAGAUAUCAGCCCUUGUCGAUCAGAAGAGAGAGAAAAUGCCGGUGGAUGUUUUCUCCGUGGCAUAUCCGGGCUGAGCGAAGCCCCGGGAUGGAGCUCUGCGCCGUUAUUAGUCCUCUAUUGUCCGGUUAUUAUCCUUUGUUAUAGCCGCGGGCUGUUAUUCAGCGUUAUAAUCGAGUUCACGACCGGAAACACUCACAUGCACUGAGAGACAACAUGCGUGGGUUCGUUCCUCUCAUGCAGCAUCAGGAUGGAAAAUGUUCACAGUUCUUUUCUACGGGAUGAUGGAGAGCCUAAUUGCGCAGUGCAGUACACUGUACAUCUGCACUGUUUUUGGAUGGCCAGUGUGAUCAUGAUCAUGAGUACUGCAUGACUGCUCCUGCUGCCUAAAUGCUUUAAAUCUGCUUUGCAUCACAACACUAUUCCAUCCGUGAGGCUGCGAUUCUUCUUCUUCUUCAUCGGCACUGACGUGAAGUGGACAGAGUGGUGUGAAGCCGCUCUCCUCUCCAGACACUAUACAGAUGAGAGGAAAACAGUAUCAGCAGAUCAAGCCUGCAGGACCUCGAGAGACCGACACUGACUAUGGAAGGAAACUCCGAACCUACCAGAACCCUGUGAAAAUAAUCGACCAGCCCGGCAUCGUGAUGAAGGUGCUGAGGAGGAAGCGGAUUAUUUUAUUCGUGGCCUAUUUCCUCCUGCUGGUUCUGACCAUGCUGAAUUUGGCCAACUACAGAUGGAGCAAAGAGCCGCAGCAGUGCAGCCACCAGGUGAGGAGCACCACGUACCAGGGGCGCUCCGACAUCCGGUUCCUUUACAGACCCGCUCUGGUUAAGAAAAGGCAGCUCGUUUACGUCUUGACCACUUGGCGCUCGGGGUCGAGCUUUUUCGGCGAGUUGUUCAACCAGAACCCUGAUGUGUUCUUCCUGUACGAGCCCAUGUGGCACAUCUGGCAGAAGCUGUACCCAGGUGACGCCGUGUCUCUGCAGGGCGCGGCGAGGGACAUGCUGAGCUCGCUGUAUCGCUGCGAUCUCUCCGUGUUCCAGCUGUACAACAGCCCCGGGGGCAAAAACAUUACCUCGCUCGGCCUGUUUGGCGCCACGCUCAACAAAGUGAUCUGCUCAUACCCUCUGUGUUCCGCUUACAGGAAGGAUGUGGUGGGCAUGGUGGACGACAAGGUGUGUAAGAAAUGUCCGCCCCAGAGCCUCCGUCUGCUGGAGGACGAGUGUCUGAAAUACAACACUAUUGUUAUUAAAGGGGUGCGCAUUCUGGACGUCAACGUCUUGGCUCCUCUGAUGGAAGACCCCUCGCUGGAGCUAAAGGUCAUUCACCUGGUGAGGGACCCCAGGGCUGUGGCCAACUCCAGGAUCAAAUCCAGACACGGACUGAUCCGAGAGAACCUGCAGGUGGUCAGGAGCCGGGAUCCCAAACUCCGCCGGCUACCGCUUGCAGACGCAGCUCAUAAAACGAACAAAAAGGACGGAGCCGACUACCACUCCAUAGGAGCCAUGGAGGUGAUAUGUGAUAGGACCCACAGGACCUUGAGGACGGCAUUGAAUCCGCCCAGUUGGCUGAAGGGGAAGUAUCUGGCUGUGCGCUACGAGGACCUGGUAGAAAAUCCCGUCAAGGUCCUGCGUCAAGUUUACCGCUUCGCUAACCUCAGCGCCAAUCAUGACGUGGAGUCUUUUGCCCUCAACAUGACUAACGGAACAAACUCGUCCUCCAAGCCGUUCAUUGUGUCGUCCAGGAACGCCACGCUGGCGGCGAGCGCUUGGAGGACUCUCCUCAGCAUUCAGCAAAUCAAACAAGUGGAGGAUUACUGCCACCAGUCCAUGGCCGUGCUGGGCUACGAACGCGUAAGAACAGCCGCCGAGGCUAAAGACUUGAGCAAAUCCUUACUGACUGCAUCCAAACUGUGAUGCUAACCUCUCACCAAAGACCUACGAAAUGAAAAAUGCUCAUUUGAAUGAUUUUUUUGUUGUAGCUCGGUAACUGUGGAGCUUCAUUUUGUUUCAGUGUUUCAUUGAGGGAUUUGAUAUGCCUCAUAGGAAUGUACUGUUUUGUUAUGUUUUUUUUAAUUGAUUUUUUUAUUUGUGAAAACUUAAAGCUGCCAUGGCUUUUCUAAGUGGAUUGAUUAUGUAUGUGAAUGACAAACUGCACCAUGACUUGAAUAUGAGAUGAGCCUUGAUGUUAUGUGAAUCACGUGUCUUGCGUUCGACAAUGCUUUAGGGUUGUUUUUUUUUUUUUUUUUUUUUUGAAUGUUUUUGAGACUCAUCAGAUUAUUUUGAGUUUGUUUGCUCACUUUCAAUGGAGAAAAAAUCAACAACGUAAACGUGAAAAACCAGUCAAAGCUCUCGUUCUUAAAGCAGGUGAUGCUGUUUAGUUAGUGCAGGAUGCUCUCAGAGACAAUCAUUAAAGUGCUCUGUAAUGCUUUUUUUUUUUUUUUUCCUGUUUAUGCUACUUUGGCCUGCAUGUCCGUUUACAGAACUGGGUGCUCCAUUUUCUUGCCUAUUCCAAACAUCCUGUUGUCUUAUACUGCUUUAUUAGUGCUUCAUGGAAGUCUUUCUAUGGGAGUUGAUGUUCACAAUUAGAACAACAAACCUUAUAACUCACUUCUGCAGUGAUUGUAGGUUAUGAUUACGACUAGUCAGUAUUUUCAAUAGCCUAAACUGUUUAGUUUUAGAGUAGAUAUUAACUAACACAUUGACAAACUCCAUUCUCUUUCCCACCCUCUCUUACUUUCUCUCUAUUCUCCUAUUGCAGCCCAUACAAUGUUAGUAUUUUAACCAAUUUCAUCAGAGCUCAUGUGAUUCUAAGUAGUGGUCUGGCCUUGAACACAGCCUCUCUCUUUCUUUUUGUUCUUUAGUUUAACAGUUUUGUGGAACAUGUGAAGAAUGUGACUGUGUGCCUUCUGAGAUAUCAGAAAUAAAUAGCUAGGCUUGUUUUAGA